AUGUCUCCCAAGAAGCGGACUUCAUCGACGAGUACCUCUCACCCCACACGCGACUCCGAUGCCGCGACGAAGUCCUCCGCGCUGAUGCGGAUUCCUUCCCCGGCGCGAUUUGUCCUUGUCGUCUUGAGCAGUCUGGUCGUGAGCUCAAUUUUGUUCACACUUACCUCCAGCCUGACUCUGGGCGAUCUCGGACCGAUCAGCAAACACCUGGAAGAAUGGUGGGAAGUGGGGGUCCUGAUCGGCUGGAGAGCUGUGGAGGUUGGGGUAGCCUGGGUGCUCGGAUUUGACGGUCGCGAUGUCGCAUCGUAUCUCUUCUUGACCCACCUACCGAUUUACUCCCUCUUGUCCUGCUUCUAUGGCGUGCGCCCGACCUCGGCGUUGAUCUCUUUCGGAAUCACAGUUGUCUCGACGGCACUUCCAUUCGUCUUCUUGCGCCGGCCGUCGUCCGUCCACGAUCUCUCGCACACCCCCUCUGACGCAAUUGCCAACCGAGGCAUCCUGCAGGACAAGUCCAUCACCUUCUUCACGAGUGUGCUCGCGACCUCGAUCUUCAGUCUUGGGCUGUAUAUCAGCUACGCAUCUUGGCUUCCUGCACAGCUGGUCGUGCACUUCGAGAGUCUCCCGGAUAUCAGCGCCGCGCACGCUGGACCUGCUGGCCUGCCAGUGCUCUUCCUGACUCUUGUCCCUGCUGGAUGGGCUGCGCGUGACUUCUUGUUCGCUAGUUCUACUGGAUACACGAUCAGCAAGACUGAACCGGCGAGCGCUAACCGUGAAGGCGAAUACUUGAUUGCGGCUAUUGUACGCAAAACCUGGGGCAGGCUCUCGAUCAAGACCAGAGUUUUGGUUUCUCGGUCGGUACUGCUUGCAAUUGGCAUCCUUCUUAAUACCAUUAUCCAAGUGGCUGGAACUGUUCGUGAUGUCUCUGUUGUAGGUGCUGCUAUGUGGGGAUCCGUCUGGGCUGUUUCUGCGCUUGUUGCAGGAGCCAGCUUUGGCUGGAUCGGAUCCGUGGAUGGUGUAUGA